AUGAUCGAUACUAUUUUUUCAACGGUAAUUAUAUCACACUUGUUUCCAUUGAAUGAAUAUAUGAUUGCUAUUCUUCUUUUCAAGGCUUAUGAAAACAUGAAAAUGGAUAAGAAUAAUAAUAAGUAUAACACAGAAAUAUUGCUUAAUCCUGAAGAUGAUCUUCAAUGUGAAGAAUUUGAAGAAACACCUCUCUAUGCUGCUGUUCUUACUUAUAUUAGUUAUGCUAUUCUUUGUUUAUUUGGUUGGCUAAGAGAUUUUUUGCGACAAUCAAAUAUUGAAAAGAAACGUGGUGCUGUUGAUCCCAAUGUUUCAUUGGGCUUCGUUCCACUUUAUCAAAGUUAUGAAUCGUUUUACACAAGAAAUAUGUAUACUCGUAUCCGAGAUAUUUUUAAUCGUCCGAUUACAAGUGUACCGGGUCCACAAUUUGAAUUAGCAGAACGUCUUUCAGAUGAUUAUAACUGGACAUAUAGUGCAAUAAAUUUGGGUUCAUAUAAUUAUUUGGGUUUUGCUGAAAGAACUGGUUCAUGUGCGACAGAUGCGAUAAAUACAAUUAAAUCACAUGCUAUUGCAAUUUGUAGUACAAAUGCUGAAAUAGGUACUCAACGUUAUCAUGUUGAACUUGAACAACUUCUAGCUAAAUUUCUUGGUGUUGAAAGUUGCAUUGCCUUUGGCAUGGGAGAUUUAAUUUUAAGUGAUGAAUUGAAUCAUGUUUCACUUAUAUUAGGUAUACGUUUAUCAGGUGCUUGCUAUGAAACAUUCGCACAUAAUGAUAUGAAUGAUUUGGAAAAAAAAUUACGUACUGCUAUUGUACAAGGUCAUCCACGUACAAAUAGACCAUGGCAAAAAAUAAUAAUUGUUGUCGAAGGUGUAUAUAGUAUGGAAGGAUCUAUUUGUCGAUUACCACAAUUAGUUGAACUGAAAAAGAAGUAUAAAGCAUAUUUAUAUAUGGAUGAAGCACAUUCCAUUGGUGCAAUGGGUAAAACUGGUCGAGGUAUUGUGGAUUAUUUUAAUAUUGAUACAAACGAUGUUGAUAUUUUAAUGGGAACAUUUACAAAAAGUUUCGGAUCAGCAGGUGGCUACAUUGCCGGAAAGAAGUCUCUCAUCGAUCAUAUUCGUGCUAAUUCUCAUGCGAAUACCUAUGCAUCAAGUAUGUCAGCGCCUAUUGUUCAACAAAUAAUAUCUUCUCUUCGUCUUCUUAAUGGCCCGGAAGGCAAAAAACGUAUUUGUCAAUUAGCUGAUAAUACACGUUAUUUUCGACAAAAAUUAGUCAAUAUGGGAUUUAUUGUUUAUGGUAAUAAAAAUUCACCUGUUGUUCCAAUGUUACUUUAUUUACCUGCACGAGUUACUCGUUUUAAUCGAGAAUUGUUACGUCGUGGUAUUGCUGUUGUUACUGUUGGAUUUCCUGCAACAAAAUUAUUAGAAGCUCGUGUACGCUUUUGUAUAUCAGCUGCACAUACACGUCAAAUGCUUGAUGCUGCGUUAGCAGCUAUUGACGAAGUCGGCACUGACAUACCAUUACGUUAUUCAACGCGACGUCAACAUCGACGAUUAAGAGAUAUUUGA